AUGUGGAGCUUCGAGCAAGAACAGAAGCUGGCAAACAUCACCGUCAAUGUGCGAAUGACUGCGAUUAAGUUGGAAGACGGCAGUCUGUGGAUCCACAACCCGAUUGCACCUACAUCCGAGUGCAAUGUGCUCCUCCGGGAGCUGGGGCUGCCGGUGAAGUACAUCGUUCUGGGUAGUGCUCAAUAUGAACACAAGAUCUUUGUGGCGCCCUUCGCAAGACGCUGGCCAGAUGCAAAGGUCUACACGGUGCCCCAGCAGUGGUCAUGGCCGUUGGACCUUCCAAGCCCGUUCUAUGGGAUUUUCUCGUCUGGUGAUCUCAAGGAUGCAGACACCACGGCGCCGUGGUCUGCUGAGAUUGAGCAACAGCUUUUCAACCCGAAGGAUCGAUUGGGUUUUGGAUACAGUGCAUGCGAGUGCGCUUUUUUUCACAAAAGGUCCAAAACGCUGAUCUGCACCGACGCCUUGGUUUACGUGCCCGAGGAACCGCCAGCUGUUUUAGACAAGACUGAACUUCGAGACCUUGGGAAGACGGCCGACAACUUCAUCCUUGACCUGGUUGCCUUGGUGAACUGGCGUGGAUCAGGAGAGACAGUCCGGCAGGCUAUGCAGGACGAGAGCUCCGGUCCGCAGCCAACGGAGAAUGCCCUGGUGAGGAAGGGCUGGCAGCGCAACGCCUUGCUAUCACUAUACUUUGGCCCUGAUGGAAAGAGCCUUGUCGACCCUUCGAAGGCUUUCCAAGCCAUUGCUGGCAAGUGGAUCGUUGGGCCAGUGUGCUACUCACUGGUCUAUGGCGGCCGCCUUCGGGAGGAAGUGAAGGACUGGUCCGAGAGGCUUUGCCGAUGGGACGUUCAACAGAUCCUGCCUGGUCACUUUGCGGGACCAAUUGGAGGCGGCCGCAGCGACAUUCGGAGAGCCUUUGAGGUUCUGGAAGAGAAUGUCGAGGCCACCGCAGAGCCCGAGUUUGCUUUGCCAUGGCCUUUUCCUCAACCUGUUCGUUAUCCAUCUGAGGACCUGAAGCUGCUGACGGAUAUCAGCGGCGUGCUGCGAUCCUUCAAUGAGAUAGCCCGUCUGCAGUCAGCUCGUGCCAGCCGUCGUCAGCAGCGUGCGCGAGACGAGAGGCAAACGAUUGGUCUGGUGGGAUACACAAAUGUCGGCAAAAGUGCGAUUGUGAACCGCCUGACGAAGGCAGAUCUCCUUGUGCAGGACGGUGUCUUUGUGACUUUGGACAUUUCAUCUCGUCACUGCGUGCUGCCAUCAGGCAGGGAAUGCCAUGUUUUGGACACGGUGGGUUUGAUCCAGGGCUUGCCAAUCGACAUCUGCGAAGCUCUGCAGGCCACCAUACAGGAGCUUCACCAAGCGGAUAUCAUCAUGCACGUGCGUAACAUCGCACAUCCUGCUCGAGAGGAGCAGGCGGAGUUGGUGCGAGAGGUGCUUUCAGACUCCGGUGUCGACAUGGAGCGGGUUAUCGAGGUCUGGAACAAAGCUGACAUGGUGCCGCAGAAGGAGGUUCGCCACCUGCACUACUUGCGCCAACAGAAGGACUCUACCCCCAUUUAUGUCGUCAGCGCUAUGACAGGUGGCUCCCGUUUACUGUAUUUCAUGUACUGUAGUUAUUCCGGUGUGAUCAACCUGCGUGUUGGUUGGAGGCCUCGGCUUUCCAAAGCUCUUGCAAGACAGGUUGCGCAAAGUGGCUGGUGUACUGCCAUGUUCUUAGCCUGUCAAGAAUCCGGCUCAGAAAUUUUGCUGUCUAUGCACAUGGUGGUAAGAACAAAACGAAUGCAAGUGAGGGCCGCCUGGUACCUUGACAUGGCGCUGCCUUAG